CAACGCUCUUUUUCCUACAUUGGCAUGUGCAAAACAGGGACGAUGUAAUAAGGUUUUAAAAAUUCUCCAUCAAAUAGGAGAGAAUACAAUGAUGCUUGAGUGGUAAAUAGAGGUACUGCCACACAGGAAAUAGACUUGCGUAAAGUGGACCGUUAAUUAAUUGCAUAGCCUAUCAAUUAAUUGCUGUUGUGUGUUUCCAUCUGACAGUCAAUUAAUUUGCAGAUAAUUUGCACGAGAUUGGAACCAAGCUUCCGCUCCCCUCGCAAAUGGCUACAGAACAUGAGCUACCUCCGUGGGCGGGUGCCCCAAAAUUUGAGUUCCAGCUUUUUAAAAAUGCAACUAAAAUGGCAAGGUCCUAUCAUACGUUGGGAGUCAAUGUGAGAAGGCUUUUGAGGCAGAAAUCUGAUGAAGGAGGUGCACAGUAUGUGCGGGAUUUAAAAAUUUCUGAGUCCCUUGGUUUUCAGCAUGAAAUUCCCGAGUUGCCAAUACAACCUAGCUAUUUCAUUGUUGCAAUGGUUCCACCUCCGGAUGUAGAAGAUGGCACACUUUUGGAUAGGGAGGUUGAGUUACUAUUCGCUGCUGACUCGAUGUAUCACCUUGGUUUCUCAGCAAAAAGUGUUUGGUAUGUUUUUAAAGAUGCUAUUCUCCCUGGAGUUAGAGAAGGAUGUGAAGCUAAAUACAACAUCGAAAGACUACCUUCAAAGGAAGCUACCAAGAGGUUGGGAUGGAUUUUAAGAAUUUGGUUAUUGGUUUCCUUGGACAAUUAGAGACCUAUGAAGUGCUACUAGACCAUAAACGGGCAUCUCAUAGGCAAUUAGUCCAAGUCAUGCGCCGCAAUUUGGUGACUUUUUCUGAGCCAAUGAGAUUUGCUUUUCUGUUCAAGCUAAAUCUCACAAUAUUUCAACUUGGAAAUCUGUGUGCUGUGUUGGAUGUUCCUGUCAAAAAGAAUGAGUUAUACCGGAAUCUUUCUUAUCAUUUCAAUGAUUGGAGCAAUUACUCUGAGAAGUGCAGACAAGGAAGAGAAAAAUUUGAUGCAGAAUGGCAACGAUCUGAUCCAGAGUUUAGCAAGUACAUAUUAUCAGGAAUUCCCACGUUUGAUGCUCUGUUAAAUUUUGUGAGUCUGUUGUCAAAUAAAAACCACAAGAAAAGUAGGGAAGAGGAAUCUGAAAAGCACAUGAAACAAUCUUUUGGAAAUCUAGAAGAUCGCAAGGAGGGUGGUGGGGAUGAGGAUCCUCCAAGUGAUAAAGAUGGUAAUAAAGAGAGACGUAAGAAGAAAGACACAUCUUCCGCCUGGUUCUUUGAGGCCCCUGUGAUGCCAUUCCAUUGGAUUGAUAGAGGAUCAGACAUAGUAAAGGAGUAUGCAUUUUAUGUGCUGAAACAGAGAUGGUCCUACACAUGUGUGAAACAACUUAUUGAGAGGCUUAUUUCUGCUAAAGCAAUGGAGAAUGACUUCAUUCCUGAUGUUGAUUGUCCCAGCGUGGGUUUUCCGCUGGUUUUGACUUGCUUCAGCAACAAUCUCUUUCGCAGAGAUCCCCUGAAGCUUGCUGAUGAUGGCGGCGAGUUCCAAAGCACUGUCCAAUACAUUGACGCUUUUCUUUUGAUCAUUGGGAACCCUGCUCAAACGGAUUCUCAUAUCUUCACUCUUGGGAGUCCCAACAAUGAUUUUACUGUUAGGCAACUUGCUGAAUUGAUGACAGAGGAAACUGAAUUUUUCGUGCUUAAAGUAGACGAGUCACCCUACAUCUUUGGUCCCAGGGAGGGCGUUCCAUGGGUUUUGGCUUGCUUCAGUGAAAACCUCCUGCGCAGAGAGACCUGGAAGCUUGCUGAUGGCGGGAAUUGUCAGAGAACUUAUGUUUGCAUCAAGGAAGCCAUUGAAGCUCCUCUUUUGAUGAUUGCACAUGGCCAUGUCCCAGGAGAGCAACCUUUGAUUGCUGUGAGUUCCACACGACUCUAUGGUGAAGGAUACGAUGACAGGAUUCUUGAUGUUACUCUAAUCAUAAAGCAGCUAGUAGGUCACAUCUCCACUGUUGGGGGUCCCAGCACAUUCACUGCUAGGGAAUUUACUGAAAUGGUACAUGGCAGUGUCUCAGGAGAACCACCGCUGGAGGAACCUUUGAUUGAGGCGAGCAUGGAGCAGUUCUUGGGCAAAUAUGAUGAUAGCAACGACAAGAGGAUCCCUGGUGUGAUCCCAAACAACAAGAAGCAGCUAGGAGAGUCACCGCUGGAGGAUCCUUUGAUUGAGGUGAGCAUAGAACAGUUUUUGGGCGAAGGAUAUGACGACAGCAACAAGAGGAUUCCUGAUGUGAUGCUGAUCAACAAGCAGCUAGGGUGGAACCCAAACGAUGCCUCUCCAAAGGAACUGCUGGCGACGGCACUGACGACCUUGCAGCACAAGACCAGGCAGACAAGUUGUCGAAAGGCAGAUGUCACAGGCUCCAUCGUCGAGUUACACAACAUGCCGCGGUCUUGGAUUCUGCGGCGACACUGCUGAUCAUGUAGAGAGCAGUUUUUUGCAAGCCAUAUAGAUAGAUAAAUACACAUACUACAUACUCUCAUCGCUGAACAUGUAAAGUCCUUGCGUAAACGGGCGGAGCUGAUGUACAUUAUUCCACAAAAACCGGGGCCUGUGGGCAUCGAUGAUGCGGGCUGGAAGUAUACUACGCACGUUGGUUUGGAGCUGAAGAUCUUGAGUUACAAACCUGAUUGGUUGAUUUGUUGGUUCACUCCCUAGAGCUUACAAAGAUGGUACUGUUAA